CACGCUUCUUCAGCUCUGUCCUCUUCAGAUUCUGAAUUUGUAACUCAGUAGAAACGCGCCUUCUUCAUCUUCAUCAUCAUUCUCAAGAAUCACGUCGAUGCGAGUUGAAGUAUAUAGAUAGAUUUUUCAGAAUGUUACUCGCGGUUCUUUUGGUCGGUUUGGCGGUGUUUUCAGAUGCUGCACCAAGGUCGAAAAGUAAAGGACCCCAGUUGGUGUACGAUCAGAAACAGCAUGGAGAUUACAAUAUACAAGUACACCUGAAAGAUUUUCAAAUUAUCGCUCUGCUCGGGGAGGAAUCCCUUGGUCUGGGGGAUUACGACUACAACUACGAUUAUGCUGAUUUUACCGUGAAACCUUCUGGGCCAAGUUCCUCACCAAAACCAACACAGGAAAUAUCAACGACCACACUUAAAGCUUCGGAAGUACAUCUGACCAGCACCAAGCCUUCCGAACAACCCAGUACUACUUUGAAACCCCACAGUGAAGAAGCAGAUAUCAAGCCCUCAACCACCAGCAAACCCUUGGGUGUAUUGGGUGAAGAGAAACCCGCGGAGCAAGAACCUUCGUUGGAUGUUUCAACAACCAAGAAAGACGAACUAACCCCGAGUACAGAAAAAAUAUCCGAAACGACCGAGAAAAAUAUCCGAAACGAGCCUAUGGCAGUUGAUGCUAUCCCUGGUCAAAUACAAGUCCAAGUUUUUCACUCUCCGGAAGGUUAUCCAAAUAUGUCAGUAAGGAAGGAUGAAACUGAGGAAAAGGGUUCUGCUGGAAAGUCUAACGAUAAGAAAUGCUUAACCGGGUACUCCAGAGACAAGAGAGGAAGGUGUCGCAGGGUGAGAAGGCCACAAAGUGCUUUACCAUUCAAUUUUGGUAGACUUGCACAUUUGGCUGCGAGAUUCCGAUCAAACGAUAAAGAAGAUGUUAAGACUCCUAGUUCAUCGCUACUUCAACAGGCACAUAAGAAUUGAAGAGAGGCUUAGAGUAAGAAAAAGGGGAAAAUUAACGUAUAUUCCUGACAAUGUGUGAUCAAUUUCUAAUUUAUUUAUUUAUUUAAGUGUAUACAUUGAAUAUAUUCAUUCAUCGAAUGGAUAAUUAUCUAUAUGGUUUUUUCUAGGUAAUAAAAUCGUUAAAUUAU